AAGCAUAUUCCAACACCAUUGAGAGAAGUAUUCUGACGAAUCUGCAUCGCCAUAAUUGCAAUGCACUUUCAGUAGACGGCGUUCAACAAAUCCUGGGCAUUUUCAUUUUCUAUAAACUAAUGUAGUUGUUGUGGCGCUCUACACUUGUAUAGCCUGGUUUCUGUUGAACAUUUUCUGUCUGUGAGGGAAUGCAAACAGAAUUUAUUAGAUAAUGAAGAGAUUUGGAGUAGAACAUAUGAUUAUGGGCGCGUGCUAUUGUCUCUUGGCUGGUGUGACGAUAUUGUUUGGUGUAGCUCCUGGUCAUGUGCAGGGUGGGGGAAAAGAAGGGCAUUAUGUUGCGUGCAAGAUUGCCCAAUCAUUUUUUAGUAAAGACACCGUGCAAGUAGUGAAUGAAUUAAUUCCAGAUUAUGCACAAAAUGAUAUUGCUUCUCUUUGCUCAUGGGCGGAUAACAUGCGAUUUAGAUACCAUUGGUCUGAACCAUUACACUUCAUUGAUACACCUGAUAACAACUGUGGCUAUGACUAUUCAAGGGAUUGUCAUAAUGAACAAGGAGUAGAGGGGAUGUGUCUUGAAGGAGCUAUAAAAAAUUAUACUUCUCAACUUGCAACUUAUGGACACAAAUCUCAUGGAAAGAAAUAUAAUUUAACGGAAGCUUUACUAUUUCUAUCUCAUUUUAUGGGAGACAUUCAUCAGCCUUUACAUGUUGGAUUCACUUCAGAUAGAGGUGGAAAUUCAAUAAAUUUGCAUUGGUAUCGUCAAAAGAGCAAUUUGCAUCAUGUUUGGGAUACUGGAAUCAUUGAGACAACCAUGAAAGAUUUUUACAACAAUGAUCUUGAAGUCAUGAUAGAAGAUGUUCAAAGAAAUAUUACUGAAAUUUGGUCAAAGGAUGUAAGUACUUGGGAAGAAUGCAACACAGAUGAACUUGCUUGUCCUAAAUUGUAUGCAAAUGAGAGUAUCAUUCUUGCUUGCAAGUGGGCUUACAAAGAUUUUGAGGAAGAUAUUGUUUUGGGAGAUGACUAUUUUGUGUCACGUCUACCCAUUGUUGAGAAUCAACUUGCAAAAGCAGGCAUAAGGUUGGCUGCAACACUCAAUCGCAUCUUUCAUUCAACACAAAACUACAAUCUACAAUCAGAGUUAUAAAAUGAUUGAUGUUCU